UCCAAAAAUCUCCCUAUUUUCCCCUCCAAUUCCAAUACAUUAUAAAAACCCUAAAAAAUCAUCAUGAGCGAAACUUCAGUUUACAAUGCUUUAGGUGGUGGUGCAGUUGCAGAUACAUUGUUAUGGAGGAAAUGUUACAGUGGAGUAAUAUUGUUGAUUGGAUCAACUUUGAUGUGGGUUUUGUUUGAAAAAGCUGGAUAUAAUUUUUUAGCAUUUCUUACUAAUGCUUCACUACUUUUGGCUUUUAUUCUCUUCUUUUGGGCUAAAUCUGCUUCCCUUCUUAACAGACCUCUACCUCCAAUUCCUGACCUGGACAUAUCAGAGGAAACAGUUAUAGCUGUUGCUGAUGAGGCGCGAGUUUGGGUUAAUAGCGCUUUAGCAACCUUGCAUGAAAUAGCGGUUGAUGGAAACUUAAAGACUUUAUUUUCGGCUAUGUUUGGCUUAUGGUUGAUUUCUUACAUUGGCAGCUUCUUUAACUUUCUUACACUGAUCUACAUUGGUGUUCUUCUUAGUCUGUCGGUUCCUUUUUUAUACGAGAGAUUCCAAUCCCAAGUUGAUGAAAAGUUGAUAGUUGUACACAAGAACAUGAGUAUAGUAUUCAAGAAAGUUGAUCUCAUCUUACAAAAAAUUUCAAUGUCCCAAAAGAAGCAAAAGAAGACUGAAUAGGCUUUCGGUUUCUUGUUUGGGAAUUGGUAAAGUCCACAUAGGGGAAUUGACAGAUAUGCUUACAAACAGAUCUCAAAGGCUGAUACUUUGUUUUUGUUAAUGUCAUACAAGUCUUUUUGAAAUUUCUCUCCACCAUAACUAAACAUAUUCAUGCUGGAAGGUUAAACUUCAAGUCUGCAAGGCUUGAGCAGUUAUGUGAAUUACUAGUGUUACAUACUUUUGGUACACGUAUUAUAGGAGACCUUUUAAUGGUUGGAAAGAAUUAUAGUAAUUUUGUCUAUUGAGCUUA